GCUAUGGGGUGUGCUAUGGGGCUGGUGGAGUACGGCAAGUACAGCAACGACCUCUAUGAGCUGCAGGCGAGCCGCUGGGAAUGGAAGCGCCUGAAGGCGAAGACCCCCAAGAACGGGCCCCCCCCGUGCCCGCGCCUGGGCCACAGCUUCUCGCUGGUGGGCAACAAGUGCUACCUGUUCGGGGGGCUGGCCAACGACAGCGAGGACCCCAAGAACAACAUCCCCCGGUACCUGAAUGACCUGUACGUGCUGGAGCUGCGCGCCGGCUCCGGGGUGCUGGCCUGGGACAUCCCCAUCACCUACGGGGUGCUGCCGCCGCCGCGCGAGUCCCACACGGCCGUGGUGUACACGGAGCGCGCGGCGCGGCGCUCGCGCCUCGUCAUCUACGGCGGCAUGAGCGGCUGCCGCCUCGGAGACCUCUGGACCCUGGACAUCGAGACGCUGACGUGGAACAAGCCCAGCCUCAGCGGGGUGGCUCCGUUACCGCGCAGCCUCCACUCAGCCACCACCAUCGGCAACAAGAUGUACGUGUUUGGGGGCUGGGUGCCCCUUGUCAUGGACGACGUGAAGGUGGCGACGCACGAGAAGGAGUGGAAGUGCACAAACACGCUGGCCUGCCUCAACCUGGACUCCAUGGCCUGGGAGCCCAUCGUCAUGGACACGCUGGAGGACAACGUGCCGCGGGCGCGCGCCGGGCACUGCGCCGUGGCCAUCGCCACCCGGCUCUACAUCUGGAGCGGGCGGGACGGGUACCGCAAGGCCUGGAACAACCAGGUCUGCUGCAAGGACCUCUGGUACCUGGAGACCGAGCGCCCCCCCGCUCCGGCUCGGGUGCAGCUGGUCCGCGCCAACACCACGUCGCUGGAGGUGAGCUGGGGCGCGGUGCCCACGGCGGACUCCUACCUGCUGCAGCUGCAGCGCUACGAGCUGCCCGCCGCGCCCGCGCCCGCGCCCGUGCCCUCCGUGCCCGCCAACCCCCCCAAGAGCCCCGCGCCCGCCGCCGCCGCCCCGGGGCCGCCCGCGCCGCCCCCCCCCCCGCCGCCGCCGCCCUUGGUACCGCCCGCGGGGCUCACGCUGCUCCCGCCCAGCGCCAGCGGCGCCGCCGCAGCAGCGCCCCCAGCGGCCGCAGCCGGCACCAACAGCGGCGGCGCGGGGGCAGCGGCGCCCCCCGCUGGGGGAGCCCUGCAGGUGCUGCCCGCGGGGAACCCGGCCCCCGCCGGAGCCGCCGCCAGCGCGGGGGGAGCCGCGGCCAGAGCCGCCGGUAAGGGGGGAGAUGGGGGCGACAUGGGGAGGACGGGGGGCAUAGGGGGAUACGGGGGCGUGUGGAAGGGUAGGGGGAGGGCGCGGGGGGGGUGUUCCUGUCCCUCCCCCCCCCGCCCUGAGCCCCCCUUCCCCCCAGGUGUGCCGGCGGUGCUGAAGGUGACCGGGCCCCCCGCGGCGGCAGCCGGCACCCCCCUGGUGACGGUGCGCUCGGCCGGGCCCCCCGGCAAGGCCCCGGUGACGGUGACGUCCCUGCCCGGCGUGCGCAUGGUGGUGCCGGGCCAGAGUCCCCAGGGCACGGUGCUGGGCAGCUCCCCCCAGCUCACCGGCAUGGCCGCCCUGGCCGCCGCUGCCGCCGCCACGCAGAAGAUCCCCCCCGCGGCGCCCGCGGUGCUGAGCGUCCCCCCCGGCGCCACCAUCGUCAAGACGGUGGCCGUGACCCCCGGCACCCCCUCGCUGCCGCCCAGCGUCAAGGUGGCCUCGGCCCCCGUCAUGGUGACCAACCCGGCCACGCGGAUGCUGAAGACGGCGGCGGCGCAGGUGGGGACGUCGGGGGGGGCCGCGGCCACCAACCCCCCCCCCGCGCGCCCCAUCAUCACCGUGCACAAGUCGGGCGCGGUGACGGUGGCGCAGCACCAGGCCCAGGUGGUGACCACCGUGGUGGGGGGGGUCACCAAGACCAUCACCCUGGUCAAGAGCCCCAUCUCCGUGCCGGGGGGCAGCGCCCUGAUCUCCAACCUGGGCAAGGUGAUGUCCGUGGUGCAGACGAAGCCGGUGCAGAGCUCGGCCGUCACCGGGCAGGCGUCCACCGGCCCCGUCACCCAGAUCAUCCAGACCAAGGGCCCGCUGCCGGCGGGCACCAUCCUCAAGCUGGUGACGUCCGGCGAUGGGAAGCCCACGACGCUGCUGAGCACGAGCCAGGCCGGCGCCGCCGCGGCCAAGCCCACGCUGCUGGGCAUCAGCAGCGUCUCCCCCAGCACCACCAAGCCCGGCACCACCACCAUCAUCAAGACCAUCCCCAUGUCGGCCAUCAUCACCCAGGCGGGGGCCACCGGUGUCACCAGCAGCCCCGGCAUCAAGUCCCCCAUCACCAUCAUCACCACCAAGGUGAUGACGUCGGGCACGGGGACCCCGGCCAAGAUCAUCACCGCGGUGCCCAAGCUGGGCACCGGGCACGGCCAGCAAGGGGUGACGCAGGUGGUCCUCAAGGGCGCCCCGGGGCAGCCGGGCACCAUCCUGCGCACGGUGCCCAUGGGGGGGGUCCGCCUGGUGACCCCCGUCACCGUCUCUGCCGUCAAGCCCACGGUCACCACGCUGGUGGUGAAGGGCACCACCGGGGUCACCACGCUGGGCACGGUGACGGGGACGGUGUCCACCAGCCUGGCGGGCGCAGGGGGGCACAGUGCCACGGCCUCGCUUGCCACCCCCAUCACCACGCUGGGCACCAUCGCGACGCUGUCGAGCCAGGUCCUGAACCCCGCCGCCAUCACCGUGUCCGCGGCACAGAGCACGGUGACGGCCACCGGCGCGCUCGGCACCCCCACCAUCACCAUGCAGCCCGUGGCCCCCCCCACCCAAGUGACGCUGAUCACGGCCCCCGGGGGGGGGGUUGAGGCGCAGCCGGUGCCCGACCUCCCCGUGUCCAUCCUGGCAUCGCCCACGGCCGAGCAACCGGCACCGGGCGGCACCGAGCCCGACGCCGGCACCGUGACCCUGGUGUGCUCCAACCCCCCCUGCGAGACCCACGACACCGGCACCACCAACACCGCCACCACCACCAUGGCCACGGGGCCGUGCUCUAAUCCCCCUUGUGAGACCCACGACACCGGCACCACCAACACCGCCACCACCACCAUGGCAAUGGGACCCUGCUCCAACCCCCCUUGUGAGACCCAUGAGACCGGCACCACCAACACCGCCACCACCACCAUGGCGGCGGGGUCCUGCUCCAACCCCCCCUGUGAGACCCAUGAGACCGGCACCACCAACACGGCCACCACCACCAUGGCAAGGGGACCCUGCUCCAACCCCCCCUGUGAGACCCAUGAGACCGGCACCACCAACACCGCCACCACCACCAUGGCAAGGGGACCCUGCUCCAACCCCCCCUGUGAGACCCAUGAGACCGGCACCACCAACACGGCCACCACCACCAUGGCGGCGGGGUCCUGCUCCAACCCCCCCUGUGAGACCCAUGAGACCGGCACCACCAACACCGCCACCACCACCAUGGCAAGGGGACCCUGCUCCAACCCCCCCUGUGAGACCCAUGAGACCGGCACCACCAACACCGCCACCACCACCAUGGCGGUGGGGUCCUGCUCCAACCCCCCUUGUGAGACCCAUGAGACCGGCACCACCAACACGGCCACCACCACCAUGGCCACGGGGCCCUGCUCCGACCCCCAGCAUGAGAUGGGGACGACCACCACGGCCACCACCACCGUGGUCACCGCGUCCCAGCCGUGUUCCACCGCAUCCUGUGAGCCCCAUGGAUCCGGCACCACCAGCAGCACCGUCAUGGCUGUGGCAUCGCAGCCCUGCUCCAAUCCCCCCUGUGAGACCCACGAGACCGGCACCACCAACACGGUGACCACCACCGCGUCCCGGCUCUGCUCCAACCCCCCCUGCGAGGCGCACGGCGCUGGCACCACCACCACCACCACCACCACCACCAUGGCGGUGGGGCCCUGCUCCAGCCCCCCCUGCGAGGCGCACGGCACCGGCACCACCAGCACGGCCACCGGAGCCACAGCGUCGCAGCCGGGCGAGAGCCACGACGCGGGCACCGCCGGCACCAGCACCGCCGGCCCCAGCACCGCCGGCACCAGCACCGCCGGCACCAGCCCCGGCUCUCCCCCCCCCAGCGCCACCGCGGUGACAGGGACAGUGCCCGAGGGGCCCCCCCCCGCCUGCUCCAACCCCCCCUGUGAGACCCAUGAGACCGGGACGACCCCCACGGCCACCACGGUCACCGCCGCCAUCGGCACCAACCCAGAGCCCCCCCCGGCAGCUGCCAAUGGACAAGGGGAGUCGGAGCCAACCCCCCCUGGGGAGGGUCCCCCCCCCGGCACCCCCAGCCCUGGGCCCAGCACCACGGGGCCCCCCCAGCCCCGCGCCGUCACCAACGUCACCGCGGCCACACCGGUGCCAGCACCCGCCCUGCCGAGCAUCUCCUCGCUGACGGAGCCCCCCCCGGACCCCCCCGCGCCCCCCAGCAUCACCCCUCCCCCCAGCAGCAGCGGGGCCCCCCCCGCGCCCCCCCCGGGCUCCCCGGAGCCCUUGGCCGUGGUGGUGCUGCCGGGGGGGGCCGAGGGCGGCGCCGGGGGGGGGGCGGCGGCGGCGCUGCCCCCGGAGCUGCUGGGGGGGGGCGCGGGGGCGCUCGUGGUGCCGGGGCUCAGCCCCGAGGAGCUGGCGGUGACGGCGGCGGCGGAGGCGGCGGCGGCGGCGGCCACCGAGGAGGCGCAGGCGCAGGCCCAGGCCCAGGCGCUGGCGAUCCAGGCGGUGCUGCAGGCGGCCCAGCACGCGGUGCUGGGCACGGCGGAGCCCCUGGACAGCGGCGCGGAGCCCGGGGGGGCCCCCCCCGAGCUGGGGGUGCCCGAGGGCGCGGGGGGCCCCAUCCCCAUUGUGCUGACUCAGCAGGACCUGGCGGCGCUGGUGCAGCAGCAGCAGCAGCAGCAGCUCGAGGCCGCCCCCCCCGGCACCCCCCCGGCGCCGCCGCCCCCCCCGGCCCCCCCCCAGCUCCCCACCGAGGCCUUGGCCCCCGCCGACAGCCUCAACGACCCCCCCGGCACCGACAGCAACGGACUGGGAGAGGUGGGGGCCGCCAGCGGAGCCCCCAGCGAUGGCCUGGCCCCCCCCAGCGCCUUCGUGCCCCCGCCGCCCGUGGUGGGCACCAGCCCGGCCAAGCUGCAGGCGGCCGCGGCCCUGGCAGAGGUGGCCAACGGCAUCGAGAGCGUCUCCGUGAAGCAGGAGCCAAGCCCCCCGAAGGCGCUGCUCAAGAAGGAGAACCAAUGGUUCGACGUGGGCGUCAUCAAGGGCACCUCCAUGAUGGUGACGCACUACUUCCUGCCGCCCGAGGACGCGCCGCCCGCCGACGACGAGGCCGGGGGCGUCCCGGACCAUUCCCAGCUGCGGCGGCAGGAGCUGCAGCCGGGCACCGCGUACAAGUUCCGCGUGGCCGGGGUGAACGUGUGCGGCCGCGGCGCCUUCUCCGAGCUGGCGGCCUUCAAAACCUGCCUGCCCGGGUACCCGGGCGCGCCCUGCGCCAUCCGCAUCAGCAAGAGCCCGGACGGGGCGCACCUGACGUGGGAGCCGCCGUCGGUGACGUCCGGGCGCAUCCUGGAGUACUCGGUUUACCUGGCGAUCGCCGGCGGCGCGGCCGAGCCCCGGGGGGGCUCCGGUGGCGCGGGGGGGGGCGGGGGCCCGGCCCCGCUCGCCUUCAUGCGGGUCUAUUGCGGGCCCAGCCCCUCCUGCCUGGUGCCCGCCGGCAGCUUGGCCACGGCGCACAUCGACCACAGCACCAAACCCGCCAUCAUCUUCCGCAUCGCCGCCCGCAACGACAAGGGCUACGGCCCCGCCACGCAGGUGCGGUGGCUGCAGGAGUCCAGCAAGGACGGAGCCGGGGCCAAACCCGCCAGCAAGCGCCCGCUGUCUUCCCCCGACCUGAAAUCCGCUCCAAAGAAGCCGAAGGCCGAAGGGCAGUGAAGGACCCCGCGGGCCCCUGCCCCAUAGUGGGGGGGGGGAGGGACCGGAGGCCGCUGUGGGGCUCAGGCUCCGCUGUGGGGCAGGAGGGGGAGAGGGGCAGGGGGGGAUUUUUUUUACCUGUUGCAGUUGCUGGAUGAAGUUUUGUACUCGCUGCCCCUCCCCCCACCGGCCCCCCCUGUACAGACCCCCGGGGGCCGCUAUGGGGCAGCCAUGGGGCGCUGUGGGGCAGCCCAGCCCCCCCCUCCCCCCCGUGUAUUAUAGUGUAUUGGGGGCCCCUCCCCCCCGUAACUGUCGUUUUUGUGCUAUUUUGAGAAUUAAAAGACAUUUUUUUGGAGAAAAAAA